AUGACCAAUGGCGACGGGCGGACGAGUCAAUUCCUUGCCUCCCUGGAGGAGCCUGACCUCCACGCCCAGCUCCCGGCUUUCGUGAAACCGCUGCCCGCCAAGAUCGCCCAGGAGGAUGUUGCCUACUUGCAUGCAAAGGGGGCACUUACUCUACCCGCCCUGCCACUGCAGAAUGCCCUGUUGCAGGCAUACAUCGAAUACGUUCACCCGUACAUGCCUCUGCUUGAGCUGUACGACUUUCUGGCCGUCAUCAAUGCCCAAGAUGGGCUCUCCGGUCAGAUCAGCCUGUUUCUCUACCAGGCCGUCAUGUUCGCCGCUACCGCAUUUGUCGACAUGAAGGUCCUCCGCGAGGCCGGCUAUCCCACGCGUAAGGCCGCCAGGAAGGCCUUCUUCCAGAAGACGAGGCUGCUCUACGACUUUGACUACGAGUCGGACCGCCUGAUACUCGUCCAGGCCCUCUUGUUGAUGACGUACUGGUACGAGACCCCUGACGACCAAAAAGAUACAUGGCAUUGGAUGGGCGUUGCCAUCUCCCUGGCCCACACCAUUGGCCUGCACCGCGACCCGGCCGCAACGAGCAUGCCGGUCCAGAAGCAGAAGCUAUGGAAGCGCAUCUGGUGGUCGUGUUUCAUGCGCGACCGCUUGAUUGCCCUGGGCAUGCGCCGGCCCACCCGCAUCAAAGACGAGGACUUUGACGUACCUAUGCUGCAGGAGUCUGACUUCGAGUUGGAGGUCCUUCCCGAAGAGAACAAGAUCGUUCCCGCAGAGUGCAUGCUGCUCCGCGAUGUCUCGAUGCAGCGGGAGCUGGCUGCCUUAUGUAUAUCCAAGGCCAGGCUCUGCAUCUGCAUCAGCCACAUGCUCAAGGCGCAAUACUCCGUCCUCAUCCGCGACAAGAUGCGCCCCGAGAACACCAUCAACAGCACAAUGAUGCUGUUCCCCAACAAGAAGCUCGACAACGUCGAGAGCGUGGCCUCGGUCGACCUGGAGCUCAUGGCCUGGGCGGACACUCUGCCUGCCAUCUGCCAGUACCGCCCCCUGACGCCUCUCGAUGUCAAGAAUGGACGGUCGACGGUCGCCGUCCAGCGCACACUGUUGCACAUGGUCUACUACACCACCAUCUCGGCGCUGCAUCGCCCACAAUUCCUGCCCUCAUCUCCCGUCCACGCGCCGACGACCUCCAGGCAGGUGCAGGAGAUGUCUCGGCUGAGGGUUCGCGACGCCGCGAUGCACGUCACCCGAAUGGCCGCUGAGCUCCACCAGCUGCGCCUGGAGCGGUACCUCCCCACCACCGGGGUCACGGUCAUCCUGCCCGCGAUGAUCAUCCAUCUUCUGGAAAUGAAGAACCCCGUGUCGCAGUCGAGAGAUCGCGCCACCCGUGGCUUCCGCCAGUGCAUGCGCGUCAUGGAGAAGUUGCGCGAGAUCUAUGCUGCCGCCGACUACGCCACAGGCUUCCUGGAUGCGGCCCUGCGCAAAGCCGCCAUCGACAUUAACCUUCAGCAGACCGCUGCGCCCAUGACGCAGCAGAACCUCAAGCUCGCCGAGCCGACUUUCGGCGCCCAGACGCCCCCGCCCGACAACCUGCCGUACAUGACGACCGGCGAGACCCUCUUCGCGACCAAACCGAAUCCGCAGCGCGAUUUCCUUCCACAGACCAUCAACGCUGCGGCGCUCGACCUGUCGGCUGCGAGCCCGCCGCAAACCGAGAAAGACCAUGAGUCGGCGUUGGGCGGCAUGACGCCGAGCGCGAGUGGCAGCUCCGAGGAGCCCGGACCGCUCGACCUCGAGUUUAUGCAGACUCAGGAAGAAAUCGACUGGAACGCCAUGACGGGAACGGAGUUUGACGUCGACCAGUGGUUGCAGUUUCCGCCUGAAGGUGUAAACAACUCGGACGAGGGGUUCAUGUCGAAUGUCUUCGGCGAGGAGAGCAUGAACGAUGCCAUGAAUUGGGCGGCAUCCGGCAUUAGUACGAAAGAGGGUGACGGCACGGCAGAGGUUGCCACCCUUGCGUGA